AGCCGGUGUGUGUUUCUAAAACUCCAACUAUUUCCUUCAUUUCCAAAAACCCUUAAACCCUACACCAGACAGUAACCAGUAACCAUUUCCUUUCCACACAACAAUGUCGAACAUUCCCCCUGAACUAAUCAGUGACAUAUUUUCUCUACUUCCAGUGAAGUCACUGUUGAUAUUCAGGUGCUUAUCUAAAUCAUUCAAAGCCCUUAUUGACAGCCCAAAAUUCAUCCAAGCCCACCUCAAACAUCAAUCCCUUAAACCCAACUCAGAUAUGAAGCUUAUUCUCAAGUCUCACAAUCUUUUCUCGCUUGACUUCACUUCAAUCUGUAACAAAGACUCAACCCAACAACCAAAAGAGCUUCAACACCCGUUAAAACAUCUCAAUGGCCCAACACAUGUACUAGGUUCUUGUCGUGGUUUGCUUUUGAUAUGUAACAGCUUUAAUGACAAUGGUGUUUGGAAUCUGUAUACUAAGAUGUUUCGAAAAUUGCCUGUUUGUGAUAUUAACCCUCCAAGAAGAACUCCAUGUGGACAAGGUCCUGGUUUGGCCCAAAUUUGUGGUGGUUUUGGGUAUGAUGAUUCUACUGAUGAUUAUAAGGCGGUUAAAAUAGCUCAAUGGUACCACCCUGAUGAUGAACCUCCGUUAGUUUCUGCGACGAUGGUUUAUAGUUUGAAGUUGGGUGUGUGGAAGAAUGUUCAGGAUUGUCCUUAUUGGUUGAUUAAGGAAGAUAAUGGCACGUUUGUUGGAGGUGCGUUGAACUGGAUUGCUACUGAGGAACCGUUAGUGAGGGGGAGUCCCGUGAUUCUUGUUGGUCUUAAUCUUGCAAGUGAGAGGUUUGAGGAGGUGUUGUUUCCUGAGAAUUUGGGCAAGCCGUUGAAAUCGAAUUUGGCUGAAUUGGGAGAAUGUAUUUGUUUGGUUUUAGGUUACGUCACUAAUGCAAGGAAUCAGGUGUUAGAUCAUGUUGACAUAUGGGUGAUGGAGGAGUAUGGAGUGAAAGAGUCUUGGGUAAAGUUGUUUUCAGUUGAGCAGUUAGAGGGUCGUCAACAUUUCAGUUAUCUAAGGCCAAUAGCAUAUUCAGUGAGUACAGGUAGGGAUGAAGUUCUUCUGGAAAUGGAUAACAAAAAGUUCCUAUGGUAUAAUCUUGAAAAGAAGGCAAUCAAACAUGCUAGGAUUAGUGGCGGUUUUGACUAUUUCGAAUCCUUUGUCAGCUUGGGAAGCCUUGUCCCCUUAUAUGGGAAUGGAUAUGAAAAGAUUGAACUUUAAAGCAACUAGAGAGAUGUUUAAAUUGAGAGUAUAGAGGUACCUAAUCCAGCAGCUGGAUAAUCCGAUGUGUUAGCAGUCCUUGGUGGUCUCCCAAUAGUGUACAGUAGUAAUUAUUUACAGUAGUAGUAAUUUACAGUAGGAAUUAUUUACAGCAGUAGUAAUUUACAGUAGUAGUUAUUUGCAGUAAUUAUUUCUUUGUAGUAGUUAUCUGCAGUUUCUUUUGUAGUAGUUAUUUGCACUUUCUUAUUCUAGUAAUGUUAGGAAAACAUGUCCUAGUUAUUAGGGGUAGUUAUCUUAUCAGCUGUAUUUAAACUCUAUGUUUAUUCAAUGAAGUUAGGCAGAAAAUUAUUCUA